AUGAACAAAACCUCUGGCGCUCGCGAGUACACCCACGACAUCGCCUUGGAACAUGUCGUCACCGGCGCCUCCCACGCCGACACCGACAUGGUGACGAUCCCGCUGGCGCUGCUGGCGGCGGUGACGGCGUGCGAGGCGCUCGACGCGGCGCUGGCGGCGCCCCUGUCGCUCGACGAAGACGACCACAUCACCUACCCCGACGGCGGCUGGGAGGCGUACCUGGUGGUGCUCGGGUCGUUUCUCGGGCUCAUCGCCACCUUCGGCACCCUCAACAGCGUCGGGGCGGUCCAGGCGUACGUCGACAGCAACCAGUUGGCGCUGGUGCCGACGCUGACGGUGCUGUGGAUUUUCCUGAUCUACAUCGCGUUGCUGUUCCUUGUCGGCGUCGUCGUCGGCCCCUAUUUCGACGCCCGCGGCCUGUUCCAGCCGAUGGUGGCGGGGACCGUCCUCUUGGCCAUCGGCUACAUGUGUCUGGCGGAGUGCACCCACGUGUGGCAGUUCGUGCUUGCGUUUUCCAUCUGUUUGGGCGUGGGCAACGCCCUCUGCAUCACGCCGUUGAUCCUGGUGAUCUCGCACUGGUUUCUCCGCAAGCGCGGCCGCGCCACCUCCAGCGCCACCAUCGGCGGCCUGGUGGGCGGGGUGGUGAUCCCGUUGAUGCUCCGGCUGCUCUACCCGAAAGUGGGGUUCAAGUGGGCCAUCCGCAUCCUUGGGUUCUUCUGUGUCGGGUGUAUGGUGUGCGCCAUCUUCCUCGCUCGCGCCCGGCUCGGCCCCACUCCCCCCAGUGAGCGCAAACGGGGCCACCGCCUCGCCCGGCUCGGCCACCGCCUCUUUGACUAUACCGCGCUCAAGGACUGGCGGUUCAUCUUCCUCACCCUCGGGGUGUGGGCGACGGAGCUCGCCCUCAUGUCCGCCAUCACCUACUUGCCGCUGUACCUGAUGAGCCACGGGAUGAGCGAGCUGGAGCUGUACUUGUUGGUGACGAUCUUCAACGCCACGGGGAUCGCCGGGCGCAUCAUCCCCGGGUACCUCAGCGACAUCAUCGGCCACUACAACAUCAUGGUGUUGACGAUGGUCGGCACCAUCGUCCUGACGUUUGUCGUGUGGCUCCCCUUUGGCCACUUGCUGCAGGGGAUGUGGGCGUUCAGCGCCAUCUUCGGCUUUUUCAGCGCCACCAUCCUCUCGCUCACCCCCGUGUGUCUCGGCGUCAUCACCCCGACCGACGUGUUUGGCCAGCGCUACGGCCUCAUGUACUUUUUCGUCAGUCUCGCCAACCUCGGCAUGAUCCCCGUCGGCGGCGCCAUCAUCGGCAAGGGCUCCCACGCCGAGUACCAGCACUUUGUCGAGUUUGUCGGCGCGUUCGCCGCCUUCGGCACCGUGUGCUGGUGGGCCACCCGCUACUUUAUCGUCGGCAAUAAGCUCAACGCUAAGAUUUAG